AUGGCGGAGGGAAUAAAGAGGAACAUCCCCAUCAAGAUGGGCGAUUUUAGUGUGAUCGACUCGGAAUUCUGCAGCAUCAGAGAGAGGUUUGACGCCGAGAUGAGAAAAAUGGAGGAAGAGAUGAGCAAAUUCAGAUCGGAAUUAAUGAACCGCGAAUCCAACAAUUUCUUCAGGAGUACCACAAGCACGACUAGUCAAACGUCAUCUGGCAACGACGUCGCCCAAAGAAUACCAUCGGGAGGAGACGUGAGGACCUGGUACGACGACCUCAACUCGCCCCUCAUCCAGGAGGACGGCAACAACAAAUGCCUCAAAUUGAGGUUCGACGUCAGCCAAUACACCCCCGAAGAGAUCGUCGUCAAGACGGUCGAUAACAAAUUAUUGGUACAUGCCAAACACGAAGAAAAAUCGGAAUCCAAGUCGGUCUACAGGGAAUACAACAGGGAGUUCCUGUUGCCGAAGGGCACCAACCCCGAAGACAUCAAGAGCUCGCUGAGCAAAGAUGGCGUCCUCACCGUCGAGGCGCCUUUGCCGGCUAUCACGGCCGGAGAAAAACUCAUACCCAUCCAGCAU